CGAUAACAACUUACCCACAGCCCUUCCUCGGAACACACUAGUACCACCCUGACCCAAGCGACUCUCUAUUUCGAGGCAGAUGGCUACCAUACCAUCCUCUAUAUAUAGGCCGGUCAGAAAUAUUCUCCAACCAGUUGGGCCACUAGGUUUGCACGCCCAGAUUAACCAAAGGCUACCUUUCUCCCAGCUGAUAUGUUUCGCAUACAGCACCUUUUUCUCCUUUGCACUACUCUCGUCGGAGUUUUGUGCAAGCCCAACAUCAUCCUCAUCAUCACCGACGACCAAGAUGUCCGUACAGGAACUUUAGACUUCAUGCCGAAACUCAAGAGUACUUUAGCAGAGAAAGGGACGGCGUAUGAAAGAUUUUACGCACCCGUGUCAUUGUGCUGUCCCUCCAGAGUCUCGCUCCUAAGAGCCCAGUACGCACACAACCAUAAUAUUACUUACGUUGUAGGUGAUUUUGGAGGAUAUCAGGUUUUCUGUGAAAAAGGUCACAACGAUAAAUAUCUACCACUUUACCUCCAAAGGGCCGGGUACGGAACAUACUAUACCGGGAAGCUGAUGAACGGCCUCGCAUACGACCAGAUAGCUACCCAACCUCCGAAAGGUUGGACCCACUCCGAUUUUCUGGUAGACCCCAACGUCUAUCUAUACUACAACGCCUCCUUCUCAUCCCAGAGCGCUGCCCCGGUGAACUACGAGGGACAGUUCCAAGUCGACGUUGUCCGGGACAAGGCGCUGGGUUUACUCGAAGAAGCCUUGGAUCCUAGUCAAAACGGCAAACCGUUCUUCCUUGGUAUCGCCCCGACAGCCCCGCAUCUUGAAGUUCAGAUCGCGGACGGACAGUUCACAGAGCCAGUACCGAGAAAGGGGCAGGAAGGUUUAUUUGAGGACGUCAAGGUUCCCCGGACCCCUUCAUUCAACGCCAAGGCGAGAGGUGCUGUUUCGUGGCUGAAGAAUUUGGAGGAGUUGAACAAGACUGAGGUUGAUUAUACGGACCACGUGUACCGACAACGCCUCCGCGUACUUCAACCAGUUGACGAACUUGUCGAAGCGAUCGUCAAAAAGGUUGAGCAAGCUGGCCGCGAAGUAUCCGACAAUACCUAUAUUAUUUUCACAUCCGACAAUGGGUACGCCCUCGGUUCGCACCGUCGUAUGUUAGGAAAGACUUUACCUUAUGAAGAAGAUGUCCUCGUGCCCCUUAUCAUCCGAGGCCCCAAGAUUCCCGCCAACAAAAGGAAUAAGGACGAUGUCUAUUCCAUGGUUGAUCUGGGUGCCACGAUAUUGGGCCUCGCCGGAGCGGACGUCCAGGAUUACAGUGUCGACGGAAAGGAUUUUUUAAGCAACGACCGGGGGGUGGCAAAGAGCAAACCAAGACACGCAUUAGUCGAGUAUUGGAAUGCGGCAGUGGAAGAAGGGAUUUACGCAAGAUCGACAUCAAUCAGUAAUACGACGUAUCGGUCAAUUCGCGUUAAGGAUGAUACCGGCAGUGAACAUGAUUGGGUUUAUGGUGUUUGGUGUACCGGAGAGAGGGAGCUGUAUGACCUCAAAACCGAUCCCUACCAACUCCACAACCUAGCUCGGAACAACAAUCCCGAAACAUUCUCCUUUUCGUCCCCACACACUACCCGCGUCGCAUCCCGUCUAGACGCCCUCCUAAUUGUGUUGAAAACAUGCGUGGGUGAGACGUGUAGGGAUCCUUGGAAGGCCUUUAACGUCCCGGGGUUUUCUUAUUCUUAUUCUGGUUCGCUUAGCGGUGCGUUAGAUCCGCGGUACGAUGCGUACUUUGACUCGAUGCCGAGGUUUGCAUAUAACGAGUGUCGGUUUGGGUACUUGGAAGAUAUCGAGUCGCCGACAUGGAGCGACGAUUUGGCAUUUCGGCGUUAAGAGUAAGAAAGUGUGAUUAGAUCAAGCUUCUGUGCCUGUUGAAUAUAAUUAUAACGUCAAUGUAAUUCGGUAGCUGGAAAAUUAUUGAUUGGUACUUUUCAGCACUGCCAUGAGCAUUUUACUCAACUUGAAUGCCCUUCUUUGACGAACUUCAGCGCCUCUCGAACCUACAUCCUCCAAAACGACGCAUCGUUAUCGCCAUGUCGACGUGAUUACUGCUCGGACCUCGAGAGGUUUUCGUCGUUGAUAAAUUCGGUCGUGGAAAGGGAGAGGUGGCUGUGUGGCGGUGAACUCUUUCUUACGUUCGAUAACGACGAUGGCGACGAAAGGGUUCCAUGGCCACAUUCACUUGAAAGGUGUUCUACAAACAUGAUUGAUGGUCGCCUGACCUUUACUCGCAUAGAUCUAGAGUAGGAAGAGCAAUAAAACGACUCGAUCGUGCAAUUUGAUGCGAUGACCCUACAUUCAUGGUGCAAAAAGGCGGUCGACGUAUUCUCCACAAGGGCUUCCUUUGCUUUGCAAUUCCGAAAUGACCGAUUGCAAUUGGUUACUAGCUCCAUUCGAAACAUAUCUUUCCAACUUUCCAACACAGGCCCUCAAUAUUCGAUAGGCUGGUUUGCGGGUCCUGAAGAGACACGGCCCGGGCAGCCACGCUCCUAGGCUGAAAUGUUCGCAAACGCCAUCUUUUCUCGCACAGGCACUAUCGGUUUCACGGUGCCAAAACUUCAAAUUAAAAGUGCUUGAGCAGAGAACGAAGUUCCUGUCAAAGCGCACGCUCUGGAAAUUGUGAAACGGUCUUAAAGCGAUGCUUUCAUACCACGUCGAGUCGUUGACUACUUAGUCGACCAAAAAGUAGUGAACUAGGGAGAAAAUAUUCGGGUUUUGUGUUUUCAACUCGCAGCCAAGUAGUCUCAACAUACAUCAAAAUCUUACGUUGGACAGUUUGGACAAUAGUUUCUUCACGUUCGUCGAGGGUUAUCGUGGAUGUCGUCUAAGGUCUUUGAUGGCUCUCGCAUGGCGGAAAAGAAGUGCAAAGGCAAAGGCAGUUCGGCGUCUCGUUGGGGGAAGUUAUUCACAGUACUAGCACUUGUAGGAGAAAAUCACAUCGAAAGACCGAGUAUCUGGACAGGUGCAGCUACCAUAGCAGGAUAACCAUGCUAAUAAAUAUCGCGGAUCGAAAGGUUCUGGUCAAACAGUAAUGGAUUGUAAAUCAACACCGUUACUGAAUUUACUAAAUUCGCCCAAGAAACCCGUCGAUAUGUAAACGUAAAAAGAAAAAAAAGAAUUUCAAGAGAAGACUACCAACUUAACAACCCUGGGGAAGAUCGAAAGCAUCGUUAUAAUUCGCAGCACUCCAACCCAUACCCCUACUAGCAAACGCCCUCCACAACAGACACUUAUUGGCACCGCCAUAUCGAUUGAUAUCAGCUUGAAUGAACCCGUUACGAGCUUGUAUGAAAGUGGGGUUGCAAGGUAAUAAAGAAAAGGAGUCAACGAGAAGUCGCAUAUAGACAAUGUUUCCUUGGGUUCCACUCGCACUCGUUCGAGCCGUGGUGGAGAACCCGCGUGCGCUUACGAGUUGAGCGUACACGUUAUGGAGGAUGUUUGCC